CGCGGCCGGGCGGGGCGGGAUCGCUCCGCGCACCGCGAGUCGAGUCCCGGCCGCCGCCGCCGCCGCCGCGCCCAGCAGAGGAAGAGCGCGCCGAUCCCUCCGCCUCCAGCGCGGCGGCAACGAGUCCCACCCCCACCCUCCCCGGCGGCGGCGGCGGCGGCGCUCUCAGCAGCAGGAUUGUGGCCAGCUCAGUGGGGCUGCAGGCCAAGCCCCCUGCGCCAACAUCCGCCAUGAGCGAGCUGGAGCAGUUGAGGCAGGAGGUGGAGCAGCUCCGGAACCAGAUUAGGGACGCCAGGAAAGCAUGUGGCGAUUCCACAUUGACCCAGAUCACAGCUGGCCUCGAUCCAGUUGGCCGGAUCCAGAUGCGGACGAGGCGCACAUUGCGUGGCCACCUGGCAAAAAUCUACGCCAUGCACUGGGGGACAGACUCCAGGCUGCUUGUGAGUGCCUCCCAAGAUGGGAAGUUGAUCAUCUGGGACAGCUACACCACAAAUAAGGUCCAUGCUAUCCCACUGAGGUCAUCUUGGGUGAUGACUUGUGCCUACGCUCCAUCUGGAAAUUACGUGGCUUGUGGGGGCCUUGACAACAUCUGCUCCAUCUACAGCCUCAAAACCCGGGAGGGGAAUGUCCGUGUCAGUCGGGAAUUACCAGGACACACGGGGUACCUCUCCUGUUGCCGGUUCCUUAAUGACAACCAGAUCAUCACUAGCUCUGGGGACACCACAUGUGCCCUGUGGGACAUUGAGACAGGCCAGCAGACCACAGCAUUCACAGGCCACAGCGGUGAUGUCAUGUCCUUGUCCCUGUCCCCUGACAUGCGCACUUUUGUCUCGGGCGCCUGCGAUGCCUCCAUCAAGCUGUGGGACAUCCGAGACAGCAUGUGUCGGCAGACGUUCACUGGGCACGAGUCGGAUAUCAAUGCCGUCUGUUUUUUCCCCAACGGAAAUGCAUUUACGACAGGCUCAGACGAUGCCACCUGCCGCCUCUUUGACCUGCGCGCUGACCAGGAGCUCAUGAUGUACUCCCAUGACAACAUCAUCUGCGGCAUCACCUCAGUAGCCUUCUCCCGGAGUGGCCGCCUGCUGCUGGCUGGUUACGACGACUUCAAUUGCAACAUCUGGGACUCCAUGAAGGGCGAUCGUGCGGGGGUCCUGGCGGGCCACGACAACCGGGUCAGCUGCCUAGGUGUGACAGAUGACGGCAUGGCUGUAGCGACUGGCUCUUGGGACAGCUUCUUGAAAGUGUGGAACUGAUCCUCCUUGCGGGGGGGGGGGGAGUGGGGCGGCCCCAGGAGGCCGCCUUGUGUUCCCACCAUGCAGCCUCUGUGCUCCCUGCUGCGGGAGGGGGGCUGUGGCCUUGGCUCUUCUACCACUCAUCCCAACAUUUUUGGUUUAAAAAAAUGCCCCGACCAACCAGCUUCUCUCUCUCUGGAAGCAGGAUUAUAGGAGAGGGUGCCUUUGGCAGAGCCCUGUCUCAAGACAGAGAGGAAGAGGAGGGCAGGGGGCUCUGGCAGGGAGGGAAGAUUGGAACACUUUCCACUCUCGGCACAUUCCAGCCCCGGUCCCUUCACGAGAAGAUGCUUUAAGCCCCCCCCCCCCCCGCCUCCAGUCACUGAGCAGGGGGAGGGGAAUUGCUUGUUGGGGGGGGAGAAAAGGGGGGUGGGUGGGGGAUGUAAAACCUUUGGUGUGCCAACAUGUCCCUUCCCCUGCUGUGGUGCUUUGGGACUUCAUGGCAGCAGCUGAGGCGGGUGCCGUUUUUCUGGCCCUGCCCCUGUCUUUUCCCAGUCCGCCAGAGGCGUUGUAGCUGGCACCCCAGCUCUGGCAGGUCUGUGUGUAAACCUGUAAAGAACAGAAACGAAGAA